AUGACGACCCCCAGCUCUGUCCAUGCUUCCACUCCUCUAUCCGAAACUUCAUCUAUCGCUGGGACAAAGCGAUCUCUCCCAAAAUCACCAGAAACGCGUCGUGAAUCCGAAAAUCGCCGGAAGGGGCCCAAGACCAGACGAGCGUGCGAUCACUGCAAGCUCAAAAAGCUCAAAUGCACCGGCACAUUACCAUGCGAUGGAUGUUCCAAGAAGAGCAUCGACUGUCAUUAUGACACCCAGUACCGGAGAGGGAGGCCACCGACUCCCCCUGUGUUGCCACGACCUGACAUGUACAUGAGUCCGGAGAGCAGUCAUCAACAGAACGCAUUCUUCGCAGACGAAACCUUGGCCUCGCGCGCCACUUCUCAAGGUCCUCCAGGGCUAGAGACGGCCGAAAUCGAAGGCCAAUUCUUCGAUCCGACUUCAAACCUCACCUUCAUCCACCGGGCUUGGAAAAGGCUCGCUCUCCAAACUCAGCAGGCAGAACCCGGUGUCUUGACCGGAUCUGAGAACCUUCAGCCGCUCAUAUCAGCCGGAGACAAGCCUUUCAGCACAAGUAACGAAGGCGGCCUUAUGUUUGUCGACCAAGCCGCAGCCUACGAACUCUUCAAGUUCUACUUCGACAACUGUGUUGUGACAUAUCGUGUCUUGAACCAACAAUACUGCCACUCUUGGCUUGGGCAUGUCCUGAGCAAUGUCCACAACGGCCAACCUCUGGAAGUUGGCCUAGGCCAUGCAAAGGCAGCAAUCGUCGUGAACAUCUUGGCCAUUGCAAGCCUUCGUCAGCACAAGAUAUCCGAGACCUUCUCUUCCAACGACGGAACCUCCUUUCCGCUGCAGCAGAGCGAACGGUACUUUCUCUCAGCGUCAGACCUCACUGCCAGAGAAACCGGACUGCCUCGAUUGGAAUCAGCCCAGGCGAGGAUCUUGCAAGUGCUGUACCUGCUCCAAACCUCGCGCAUGAACCAGGCCUGGUAUGUGUUCGGUAACACGGUACCCAUCGUGUCUGCGCUAGGUCUACAUCGAAAAUCCCACCGAUAUCGCAACGGAGGUCGCCCACAGAUGGAUUACAUUUUGUCAGAAUGCCGAAAGAGGACUUUUUGGGUCGUGUAUACUAUCGAUAAAUACCUUGCGGUGGUAUUCGGCAGGCCGAGGUUCUAUCACGACAAUGAUAUCGAUCAAGAAUACCCUGACAGGGUCAACGACGAGGACAUGACGCCCCAGGGGCCAUCUCAGUCAGAACCGGCGAUGGAUUGUCAUAUUGACUCUCUCAUCUUUCAUGCGAGAAUUGCAGCAAUCAUCGAAAACGUAUCUCGAGAAGUCUACUCCAUCAAAAAGAUGCGCACCGAAGAACGCCUCGCAUCAGCACAGAGUUUCACCGAGAAACUACACGAAUGGCGACAAGCCCUACCACCUCACCUCGGAACCGUCCGACCCUCGAGCCUCAUACCAGCAUUUUCCAGACAAGUCACAGCUCUGAAGCUGGCGUAUUGUCAUGCGAUCAUGCACACUACUCGCCCUUUCCUCUUGGAUCACUCUGAAAACGCCAGUCCGGCAUUGGAAGCUUGCGUGACAGAGUGCAUCGGCGCCGCGAAACUGGCUCUAGAGAUCGUUGACCGCAUGUUCUCCGAGGCCACUACUGUCAUUCAUUUCCUCUGGUGGAUGCCUUACGUGACGUUCUGCGCUUUGGCUGUUGUGUAUGUAUGGGAGAUCCAACAGAAAUCAGGCAUCUCGGUGAGCAAUGACAACGUCUCGCUGUUUGCCCUGGCCGAGCGAUGUCAGAGUCAUCUUGCCAAAGCCAUGUCAUCUGAUUCCGCAAGUCGGAGGUACAGCAUCAUCAUCGAAGAGCUACGACAAGAAGCGAGGCACAGUCCUUCUCAGAGCUCCAUGCGAGCUGUGCAAUCCCAGCAAGAAGCGCUAAUGACGAGUGGUGAUGACGAGCAUGGGUCAAGUUCAAUGCUUGAUAAUGAGCUUGGUUCGAUGUUUGGCGACCAGGGUGAAUCAACAACCAGCUUUCAGUCCAUGCUGAACGCACUGAGUCAGUGGCAACCAACAGAUUGGCUUGAUCUUGAUUCUUCGGUGAGUGUUUCCUUGAUCGAGUGGGCGAUAAUUGCUAAUCUCCCAAAGGCUUUCAGUUUUUUCUCACAACUGGAGGACUCUAUGAUCUAUUGA